CAAUUAACUGCUGUUGCAGUCCUCACACACGCACGCCUACACACACACGCACACACACACACCGGCACGCCUACACACACACACACACACACACGCCCGCACCUACACACACACACACGCACAACCCUACACACACGCGGUGUAGUAAUUACUGGACUUUGCGCUGGUGCAGCCUACACGUGAGACGGAAGCUGUUCCCAGCCAGCGGCGCGCGUGCGCCCUGACAGCAGAGCGGAGCGGUUUUUUGCAAAGUGGCAGCUCCGGCUUCUCUCUCCAGACAUCAGUCUGAAACGCAGCUCCACUGGAGGACACACUCUGCGCACCGUCUCCUUCAGCCAUCCGGGUUUGAGCCGCCGAGCAACAAAACAUCGCCCCCCCUCCCUUCAAAACCAGAAAAGAGAAGCUCAGUGCUAGUUCAGAGGCUACGGAGAAGUGAUGGAUGAAAGAAUACCGCACUUACAGGACAGGCAGUUCAUGGAGCACGCAGAUUUCCUGGGGAUGGAUUUCCCCCCGCUUUACAUGUGCAAAUCUAAACGAGGCAUAAAGCGAGAGGACGGUGGGAAGCAGGAUGCGUAUAAGUUACCGCACCGGCUCAUAGAGAAGAAGAGGAGAGACAGAAUUAACGAAUGUAUUGGGCAGCUGAAGGAUCUACUGCCCGAACAUCUGAAGCUCUCGACGCUCGGUCAUUUGGAGAAAGCGGUGGUGCUGGAGUUAACGCUGAAGCAUCUGAACGCACUGACUGCUGUCACCGAGCAGCAGCACCAGAAGAUCGUCGCCUUGCAGAAUGGAGACCGCUCAAUGAAACCUCCCAUCCACACUGAUCUGGAUGCGUUCCACUCAGGUUUCCAGACCUGCGCCAAAGAGGUCCUGCAGUACCUGAGCCAAGCGGAGAACUGGACCGCCAGAGAACAGAGAUGCGCGCAGCUCAUCAACCACCUCCACAAGGUCCUGGCGCAGUUUCAGCCGGACGCACCGCCGCUCCAGCAUCAGCUGCCAGCCGGGGACGCGCAGGACGCACAGAAGUCCGACUGUCAAACCAACUGCGUCCCGGUCAUCCAGAGGACCCAGGGAGGGGAGCUUAACGAGAACGAUACAGACACGGACAGUGGAUAUGGCGGGGAGGCGGAAAAGAGUGACGGCAAAGACAAAGAGUGUGAGCGCAACAAAGCGGUGAAGAUCAAGCAGGAGUUUGGAGAUGACAGAGCGGCUAAAAAAUCUAAGAUGUGCUGGUCAGGGAACGGGGACCCGUCCAGACCAGAUAUGGCGUUCAUGAAUUCUCUGAUGGGAUUAAGCGGUGUGGGACAGCAGACACCGAUUUGCAUGCCUUUCUACUUCAUCAACCCGUCAGCCGCGGCGCCCUAUAUGCCUUUUUUCGACAAAAGCAACAUUGAAAAGUACAUGUACCCCGCAGCGGCAGCCCUAGCGUCCCCGUUUCCCUGGCUGUAUCCUGCACACGCGUCAGCAGCGGCGGCCGCGGCAGCAGCGGCCGUGUUCCCCGGCCUGUCUGCACACCUCGGAGCCACCGCGCAGCCCAAAGACUCCCAGCUUCAAGAUGACAGCGGAUCACGCGAGGCCGAGGCGAGCUCACCUGAGGAGCACGAGGAAACUCCCGAGAGUGACGACGGAGAGGGUGACGUAGAUGACACGUCCCCAGACAGCAAGCAAAGCCCACAGGAGCAUCGUUUUGCCUGUCAGACGAGCUAAUAAGUCUGUGUACCUCUCUGAGUUUCUGUAUUUACAUUUUUUUUAUUAUUAUUUAGGCUAGUUUUAAAACGGGGAAGUUCUCAUGUCUACAAUAUCUUGGGGCAGCAGGGGACAUUAGUGUGGAAGCUCAUAUCUGCCAUUUGAAAGUAUAAAAUGGAACACGGUAUACCAUAAAUAUGAGUUGAAACUUUAAAUUUAUUAGAUACAAUAUCAUAAGUGGCUCUUGGUAGCGCUGUUGUCUUGCAGCAACCUGGUGUUUGUGUGUUCAAAUCCCAGCUUCAGCUGUUUUUGCACGGAGUUUGCAUGUUCU